CUAAAGUAUGCUGAAGUCGUACGUCUCGUUGAUAAUAUUUACAACACUGAAGAAAAUGAAAGAAGCAAAGAGGAGUCUUUCAAUUGGUAUCAACCAUUAGACAGGAUCUCCUACCAAUUUUGGAACCGUAUUUCGGAAGCUGCUCAUGUUGCUGGUAUUACCUCUGUGGCUACUAUUAGAGCAAGAUUUAAGUAUGGUCUGCUCAAAGCUGUCAGAGAACAUUGUAUUUGUACUGGUGCCAAAUCUCAUGAAGAUUAUAUGCGUUUAGCCCAAGGAUAUUGG